UUGAUCGUGACGUGUGUUAGCGAGGAGUCACUCAAACUGGACAGGUUGCUAAUAUGAAGUUAGCCGCCUUUGUUUCCGAUGAUAUAAAGUGGUUCGCUUGAGAGAAAUUCCUGCGCAGGCUGUGUUUGGUCGGUGUUUUGGAAGCAACAAUGCCUGUCAUGGUCGGCGGAGGAGACCGACGGGCUGACAGAAAUGUGAUGUGCGUCCUGCUUCCGCUCGUCGUCGUGUUGUUGUUGUCGGUUGGAGUUGCUGCUUCUCCAGAUGAACCUAAACCUGUUCAAGAGCAGCCUGUACAAGAGAAAGCCGCAAGUCCCCAUCCUGUGGGCCCAGCAGUUUCUGAAGAUGACUCCACUAAAGGGAACCUUGGUUUCAUCCAUGCCUUUGUGGCUUCUAUCUCUGUCAUCAUUGUCUCUGAGUUGGGAGACAAGACAUUUUUCAUUGCAGCUAUCAUGGCCAUGCGUUACAACCGCCUCACCGUACUGGUAGGUGCCAUGCUGGCCCUGGGAGUCAUGACUUGUCUUUCUGUACUGUUUGGCUACGCCACCACCAUCAUUCCCAGAAUCUACACAUACUACGUGUCCACCGCUUUGUUUGCCAUCUUUGGUGUGCGAAUGCUGAGAGAGGGGCUGAGGAUGAGUCCAGAUGAGGGCCAGGAGGAGCUUGAGGAGGUGCAGGCGGAGAUCAAGAAGAAGGAUGAAGAGCUCCAGCGGUCAAAGCUUGUUAACGGGGCUCCAGAUGUUGAGGCCGGAUCAGGAAGUACCAUGCCUCAGAGAAAGUGGCACAGCUUCAUCUCACCCAUCUUCAUCCAAGCCUUUACCCUCACCUUCCUCGCCGAGUGGGGGGACCGUUCCCAGCUGACCACCAUAAUUCUUGCUGCUCGGGAGAAUCCAUUUGGAGUUGCGGUGGGCGGCACACUUGGACACUGUUUGUGCACAGGACUGGCUGUGAUUGGAGGGAGAAUGAUCGCCCAGAAAAUUUCUGUCAGAACAGUUACAAUCAUUGGAGGGAUUGUUUUUCUGGCUUUUGCUUUCUCUGCCCUCUUCAUCAAGCCAGACGCUGGAUUAUAAUUGGACGAGAGACUUUCAGGUUCACUCUGUACAUAAGUGUAAAGUUUGGUUUAGUUGCUGUAGAGACUGUAGUUUUGACUCUGUAUGUGUCCAACAGAAAGUGUGACCUGCUUAACAGACAAGCUUAGGUCCUAUCCUCCUUUUCCUAGAAAGCCUCGGCUCCACUACACCCUGUCAGCCUGAGAGUGAACACUAUAUAUUAUCUUCAUGGCAUUCAGUAACAUUUGAAGAAUCUCAACCUAUUGCAGUCAAGGUCAAAGAAUCAUGGGAGGUGUAGUUGUUGAAUGCUAACAAUUUUUUAUUUUUAGUGUCUUCAAAUUGAACUGUUGAGAUAAACAUUCAGCUCGAAACAGAAAACCUCAGGAACAUGUUUCCACUGCUAAGAAAUCCUCUGAGAAAAAUCACAUCAGCUAGUGGAGCAGAGGCUGGUUAGGAGGAGGAAGAGGGGGGGGGGGGGGGGGGGGGGGGGUAGUGACUUUAAAAGAGCUGUAAUCUCAUCACAAGGUGUGUGUGAGAGAGAGAGAGGGGACAUGGAUUGUUACUGAUGGCUGCCCUCCGACACAUCUUAGAAGCUGUUUCUCAGAAACUAAGCCUCCUGACAUACAGUACUUCCCACACACUGAGUCAGUUUCAAAUGUCCUUUUAUUUGCCUUCUUUUUCGUUUUUAAACGUCGAGCUGUUGACUUUUUUUUUUGUCUAUUUAACGUGAACCCAAGAGAUAUCAGGUGACUGUCAGGAUGCUAACAGUAGACGGAGCUGCCAGUUUCCUCCAGCGUACAGCUGUUGAGUCUGUUAGUACACAGAUGUUUAUUUGACCUUCUUCUGUGAUGACACUUUUUGUUACAAUACAUCAACAAAUCUCAGAAAGUGGACCUAUUUUACUUAAGAUAAGACUUUCCCAAUAGUGGGAUCAACCCUUAUUUUUUACUAAAAAAUAAGCAACAGCAUAUAAUUAAGUCAUAUUUUUUUUGUGAUCUGAUUCUAUUUAGUUUUUAUUCAAGCAAAAUAUUUCCCUUAGUUAUUCCUCUGUUCCACUGGUGAGACGUAGGAGCAGUUUUUAAGAGCAUUAGAGACUUGAACCACUACAACAUCUGUCCAGCUGUUGCUACACCUGUGCUGACAUAUCUGCGUUAGGCACGGUGUGCAGAGAGCUACACCAUGGCUUCUUCAAAAUGCUAAUCACAUAUGGGAGAUAUUAAGUCGCUGCUAAAACUGCUCAUCUAAAAUUUCCUUCCUGCCAGGUUUUCAGUGGCGAAAGAAAGGCCAGUAAAUGACCUCACAGGUUCUCCCACACAGGUUAACUCCUUAGCGAAUCUAAAUCAUGUCCUGUAUAAACCUAGCUGCCUCCAUUUGUUACCACUCCGAAUCACAAAGUCAGCGUGACAUAAUGUAAACUACAUCCGGUACAGAAUCACGCACGUCGCUCCUUUAGCCAUAAGCAGCUCUGGUGUAGCUACAGCGACACCUCAAACACUGCGACGUUUCAUCUUUUAUUUAAAGCAGUAUCUAUUUAUUUAGCUUCCUUUUCUUUCCUUUUUAAGCAGUAUGUACUUUUGAAACAGAAAAGGGGAAGGGGGGUGGGAGUGGGAGGUCACUAUAAACAAGGAAUGGAAAUAUUUUUAUAAGUGAAACAGGCUAAAGCCGCAUUGUCAAUAUUUGACAGGCUGCGCCCGGCUGUGAAGUACAUCAGAAAUUCUGUUUGUGAUACAGAUCAGUUGAAAUGCAUAUAAAUCUGAAAAGGAUCAAUAAAAAAUGUUUCAUGUG